AUGUGCAAUGCGGCCAAUCAAAGAGACGCCAGUUUCGAGGAACAGAUCGAAGACCGCAGGAGAGAAGUAUCUGAGAAAAUCUUUGAUGAAAUAAUUGAUCCAACCUUCCUCUGCACCGAAAGCGCGAGUAUCACACUUGAGAACCAUGCUUCCAUGGGGACUACUGUGGAAGAAAAUGGCCAUUUUGACCCUUUCUUCCGAAAUACUCAAUACUCGUCGUGGGCAGGCGUAUCUUCUACCGAAUCCGAACACAGUGAAACAGACAAGGGACACCAGACCCUGGAGAACAUACCUGGAGACAGCUUAGCGGAGCAACAGGAAUUUGAGGUGUUUGGAUCCCAAGCCCUCAAUACGGAUAGUUAUGACGAGCAUGUGGUCAAGGAAUUCAAAAGCGACGAAUCAUCCUGCGGAUUCGCUAUCAGCAGUGGCUGGUCAAGCACAUUUUUUCCUUCCGAAAUUGAAGAAGAGCCCCACAGAUCUAUGACAAUCGCACCCCCCCCCCAGUGCGCUGAUGCGCAGCUUUUUGGGUAUAAUGUGGAUGGUACUUUCCAGCAAUAUGCGGUCGGAAAAGCCACUCAAGCCUCUAAGAUUCCAAAGAGUGUCCCUCUUGAUGCAGUGAUCCGGUACUAUGCGCUGACAGUUGCUAUUGUUGGAGCGGGGGGUGGCCUUGGCUCGCUUGCUCAGCAGUACGCAAAGGCCAUGGGACUCAGAGUGGUCGCCAUUGAUGGAGGCGAUGAGAAGAGAGUAAUGUGUGAGCAGCUGGGCACUGAGGUACGAACAUGA